GCCUGCAGUACAGUUGGAUGGGAUGGCGCCCAUCAUGGGGCACACACACAUGCACACAUAAUCGAAUACUAUAGGGGCAAUUUACAGAUGCCAGUCAGUCUAGUUUCCUAACUUUGUAUGCAGCGGAAACUCUAAUAAUCACGGGAGAAUAUGUGAACUCCAUACACAAAUGCGGAAUGCACUAUUUUAACUUUAAAACGUCCUAAUAUUCAGAGGAUUUUAUACUUUAACAUUUCAGGUGCUUAAUUUUCUAUUCCCUGAGACGAUCUUAUAGCGUGUGGGUGGUCUCCAUAUAACAAAAUGUACCCUUUAUAUGGUCACUUAAAUAUAAGGCACAUAUAUGUGGCACAAAUAUUAACUAGCGCCCAAAUGUUGGUUUUUAAAACUACAUAUCCCAUGUAACCUUGCGCGACACUGCAUGUGCCCGGUAGUUCCUGAAUAAUCUGGUUUUCCACGUUGAGCAGUUUCUUUUUUACGUUCACAACUUGCCUUGAUUCUGUCGCUUCUUCGUACCUGACGGCAUGCUGUCAUUAACGUUACGACAACUUGUACGGCCGCUGUGCCGACAUGCCCCCAGAGCUCUCUGCCCUGGGGCGCGGGGCCAGCAUUCGCAGGCGGCGCCACCGGAACGCCCGUGGACGGGACAGGAGAGCCUGGCGCAGGACGACCCCGAGAUGUGGGAGUUGCUCCGGAGGGAGAAGGACAGGCAGUGCCGGGGUCUGGAGCUGAUCGCCUCGGAGAAUUUCUGCAGCCAAGCCGCCCUCGAGGCCCUGGGGUCGUGCCUGAACAACAAGUACUCGGAAGGCUAUCCCGGGAAGAGGUACUAUGGUGGCGCGGAGGUGGUGGACCAGAUCGAGCUGCUGUGUCAGAAACGGGCCCUGGAGGCGUUCGGCCUGGACCCGGCAGUCUGGGGCGUCAACGUGCAGCCGUACUCCGGGUCGCCGGCCAACUUCGCCGCCUACACCUCCGUGCUGCAGCCGCACGACCGCCUCAUGGGGCUGGACCUGCCCGACGGAGGACACCUGACUCACGGCUACAUGUCUGACGUGAAGCGGAUCUCCGCCACCUCCAUCUACUUCGAGUCCAUGCCCUACAAGCUGAACCCCAAAACGGGUCUCAUCGACUAUGACCAGAUGGAGAUUACCGCCCGCCUAUUCCGCCCCAAGCUGGUCAUCGCCGGCACCAGCGCCUACGCCCGGCUCAUCGACUACGCACGCAUGAAGAAGCUGUGCACGGAGCUCAAUGCCUACCUGCUGGCCGACAUGGCCCACAUCAGCGGCCUCGUUGCCGCCGACGCCAUCCCCUCCCCCUUUGACCACGCGGACCUGGUCACCACCACCACACACAAGUCGCUCAGGGGGGCCAGAGCUGGCCUGAUCUUCUUCCGGAAGGGGGUGCGCUCAGUCGAUAAGAAGGGCAGAGAGCUCCACUACGACCUGGAAGACAGGGUCAACUUCUCAGUCUUCCCCUCCCUGCAGGGGGGGCCCCACAAUCACGCCAUCGCCGCGGUGGCCAUCGCCCUCCGACAGGCGACAACGCCAAUGUUUAAGGAGUACAUAGCCCAAGUCAUGCACAACGCAAAGGCCAUGGCAAGUGCACUUCUGAAGAGAGGGUACACUCUGGUGUCAGGGGGCACUGACAAUCACCUGGUCCUGGUGGACCUGCGGCCUCAGGGCAUGGAUGGGGCUCGGGCUGAGCGAGUGCUGGAGCUGGUGUCAAUCACCGCCAACAAGAACACCUGCCCCGGCGACAAGAGCGCCCUCACACCUGGGGGUCUCAGGCUAGGAGCACCUGCCCUGACCUCCAGACAGUUCAAGGAGGCGGACUUUGAGAAAGUGGUGGAAUUCAUGGACGAGGGGUUCAAGAUUGCCCUGGAUGUGAAGAAGAAGACCACGAAGCUGCAGGAGUUCAGGUCCUACUUGCUGGAGGAGCCCGAAACGGUGGCCAGGAUCGCCGACCUGCGGCAGCGCGUGGAGGCCUUUGCACGCCCCUUCCCUAUGCCCGGGUUCCUUGAUCACUAAACCCAGCAUUGGGGGGGCUUUUGCUCUGGGUCAGGGAGCGGUGGAGGCAUACUGUGAAUCCAGCACUGAAUAGCCAAGUCAGUCUUUCUGAAUCCCACACAACCUAUCUGAAUCCUUCCUUUGGGUGGGGAGCAGACAUGCCCAGGUUUGUGGUCUGCAGAGAGGGACAGUCAUUUUGACCCUCUUUCAUGAUAUAUUUUUUCUUACUUUUCAAAAUGUAGAACACAAAUGAAGCUUGAAAGAAGACGUGGGCGUUCGAAUCCCUGCCCUUCUGCUGGCCAUCUUCAUACUCUCUGAUUAGCGUUAGAUAACGCCACCUGCCCAGGUUCAGCAUCCAUGAAACUAAUUGCUGAAUAUCUUUACAGAGUACCAUUAGGUAUUAAUAACAAUAUAAUGAACAAUGUAUCGAUGGAAAAAAAACUAAUAUAAUGUUUACAGAUGAUAUUCGAACUAAUGCCCACAAAAUAUCUAAAUGUAGAAUUUUUGUUUUUUUAUGUAUAUAGUUUUAUGUAUUAACAUAUGGCUAUGAUUAAAAUUCUCUCUUAGUUAUUUAACAUGAACAUCAUGGAACUUUCUAAAUAAAGGGUGUAAUAUCUGUAAUAUAUUUUUGGCAUAAUUCUGGGAUUCUGUAAUACUAACCACUGCAUCAGUGAACAAUCUGAGGUUCCCUCCGUCGGGGAGCCGCUAGAGUGAGUGAGAACAGCUUGUGCUGUGGCGUCAUUUCUGAUGGUCUGCUUGUCCAAAUAGUGCUGAAAUAAAGUAAAAUUUAAUUCUAA